CAGUGCCAUUUCAUCUGGUCUCCACUUUGCUUCAAGUCUCAACAGAAGAACCUGCAGAACGUGAGAAAGAAUGGCAUCAAAAGCAGUUCAGAUGGUAUUUGUGGCUCUGAGCGCCAUCGGGCUGAUUGGAGUCAUUAUCUGCUGCGCCCUCCCUGAAUGGGCUGUUUUACAUCAUGAUGAUGAUGAUAUGGAAAUUCAUGAAGGUCUGUGGAAGAUGUGUGAGAAGUACAGAAGUGGACCGCAGGAGUGCGGAACAUACGAUGACUCCUUGAUACCCUCUGAAUUACAUGCCUUCAGGGCUUUGACCGUCAUCAGCUGCUUGCUCGGUGUUCUCAGCCUCCUCCUCCUGUUCUUUGGUUCUGACGUCAUCCAAUGUGUUCAGAACCGAGAUACCAAGACCAAAAUGAUCCUGGCUGGCGGAGUGGGCCUGCUGCUGGCCGGCCUGCUGGUGAUCAUCCCAGUCAGCUGGCUCUCAAAUAAUAUUAGAAAUUUACAGACUGGUCAGAUGCGUGUUUUGGUGGGAGCGAGCAUCUAUAUCGGCUAUGUAGCUGGUUUGAUGUUGAUGCUGACUGGAGGUGUGCUCUGCUUCUUAAUCAGAUGCGGAUCCAGCAGCUCUGGAGGAAUCAUCAGUUUCUUCAGCAACGGAGCUUAAGCUAAAAAAAAUGUAAUUUAGAGGUUUGAUGGAAGCGACUGGUGUCCAAUUAACAAGUAGACAAAGGAGUUAAACUGGUAAAAACUGGGAAGACGAAGUGAAAUUAUCAUUUCUAUAUUGUUAACAUUUGGAGCUGAAAGGCAGGUACACUGUAAAUCCUUUGACUUUCAAUUUUAUUUUGACAGAAUUCCUAGAAUUUUUCUUAAAAGGUCACUUAAAAUUUGACUUCACAAAAAUUAUCAGGAAAAUUUUAAAAUUAAUAAAUGUCUGUAUGCAGGAAAAUUUCAUUUCAGUGACCUUCUGAUGUAUUUUCUGUUUGCUUAUUAAAUCCAUUUUGUUUUUUCAUGCUUUCUUAAUUCCAGUUUUAAAAACUGUCAACAUAAUUACUAACCAGAUUUGCUUCAGCGAACAAUUUCAUGAUGUUUCUCACUUUUCUGCUUUAUUUUUUAUUGAUAAAACAUUUACUGUUACUAUUUCUGUUUUUGUACCAUAAUCACAACAGAUCAUUAUCUUUGGUCAGAUACAGAUGUGAUUGGAAAAAUAAAUAAGAUGUAUCAAAAAUUAAAUUCCAUAGAAGGUUUUUUUUAAUUACACAAAAAUAUAAAAGAAUUUAAGCUACAUACAGAAAACUUUACUUCAGCUAUUUUAUUCAUCUCUGACUCACAUGCAAAAGAAUUUUGAUUUAAAAAUAAAGUGUUACCGUCUGACUUUAUUUUAUCUUAUAUUUCAGCUUUUGCUUUUUUAUUUUUCAUUUGCAAACAAGAAAUAAAGAGAA